GAAGCAGUCCCCAAAUUAAUUCAGCCGAAAGAAAGAUGAAGUUUCUGACUCUAUUCGCCUUGUUCCUCGUCCUGAGUUGCUCCACCCUCUCUAAUGGAGCUGCGGUGGGCAAGCCCACUGGUCAACCGGGAUGCCAAACGGAACAGGAACUGGCCGAGGUCUUCUACCGCCACUUUUACUUGAAGAACGCCUACUGGAUCUGCAGUACAUUGGGAGUUCCUGCCACUCUGGGCCAGUGUGCUCCAGGGUACGGGUAUUUGGACGAGGCAAAAGCUUGCGUUCCGUUUUCCCAGUGGUACUGGUCUCCCACCGAGCUGCCGCCUAGCCAGCCUGCAGUGACUGCUGCCUAAAAAACUAAAUAUGAAAUUAUAAAAUGGAAAAAAUAAAUCAGUUUGUGUUAUUUGAGGCACAUUGACAAGGA